AAUUCCUCUCUGCUCUCACUCCUCCCUGUGUAUUAAAAAACAAAAAGCAAAAAAUCGAAGUAAUCCUCUCCUCCUCAAUUCAUAUCCCCCGCAACCAUGAGAAAUAGGGCGGCCACCGGCCUUGACACCGCGGUUGUCGAUGUCUGGAAACGAGAGAUCGGUCAACUCUCCACUAGAAAGUUCUCUCUCCGCCUCGCCGCUCCCGAGGACCUUGUGCAGCGUCUUGAGAUAUUUCGGAAGCUUGAAAAACAUGGAGGUUGUGUCAAUACAGUCAGCUUCAAUGCUGAUGGAGACAUUCUUGUAUCAGGUUCUGAUGACAGGAAGGUUGUACUUUGGGACUGGCAAACUGGGAAAAUUAGACUCUCAUUCCAUUCAGGGCAUCAUAAUAAUGUCUUUCAAGCCAAGUUCAUGCCAUACACUGAGGAUCGAAGUAUUGUUACCUGUGCUGCUGAUGGACAGAUAAGACACGCUCAGAUUUUAGCACAUGGGAAAGUGGAGACAAAAAUGCUGGCAAGACACCUAGGACGGGCUCACAAAUUAGCAAUUGAACCAGGAAGCCCUUACAUUUUGUACAGUUGUGGUGAAGAUGGACUUGUUCAACGUAUUGAUCUGAGAACAGAAUCAGCCACUGAACGUUUUACUUGCCAACCUCUUCCCCCCAGGAAGAAUUAUAUGUCUUUUAUUCAUCUAAAUGCAAUUGCAAUGGAUCCAAGAAACUCGAAUUUCUUUGCUGUUGCUGGAUCAGAUGAAUAUGCUAGGCUGUUUGAUAUUCGCAAGUGUAAAUGGGACAAUUCGUCAGAUUUUGGUCAACCUGUUGACUUCUUCUGUCCCUCGCAUUUAGUUGGUGAUGAGAGUGUGGGAAUUACUGGCUUGGCAUUCUCAGAUCAAAGUGAACUUCUUGUUUCAUAUAAUGAUGAAUUGAUCUAUAUGUUCUCGAAAAAUAUGGGUCUUGGACCGGAUCCAUCUCCAAGUUCUCCCCUGUCUAACCAAAGUGAUAAUGGUGAAAUGGGGCCUCAUCUCCAAUCAGGUAUAUCUUCAUUAGAUACCUGUGCUGGUACAAAAGAUGAUCCCCAAGCCUACAAAGGACACCAAAACUCUGAGACUGUGAAGGGUGUUAAUUUCUUUGGCCCUAAAUGUGAAUAUGUUGUGAGUGGGUCAGACUGUGGUCGAAUUUUCAUAUGGAACAAAAAGGGUGGGAAGCUUGUCAAUGUUAUGGAAGCAGAUAAACAUGUUGUAAAUUGCAUCGAAUCUCAUCCUCACACCACAGUUCUUGCCAGCAGUGGUAUUGAGAGUGACAUCAAAAUAUGGACCCCAAAAGCAACUGAGAAGGCUGUCUUGCCUGUAAAUAUCCAGAAGGUUUCCAUGCCUCGCCGAGUACAUUUCUUUGGCAUUAGAAGUCUUAUUAAUGACGAUGAUGACGAUGAUGAUGGUGGUGACGGUGAAUACUUCUUAUAUGAUGGGAGUGAUGGAGAUGAUGAUAACAUUACUGAUGAAGAGGUUGACGAAGAGGAGAAUGAUGAUGAUGAUGAUAACAUAACUGAUGAAGAAGAAGAAGAUGAUGAUGAUGAUGAUAACAUUACUGAUGAAGAGGAUGAUGUUGAUGAUAACAUUACUGAUGAAGAGGUAGAGGAGGCUGGUGAAGAUAACAUUAUUAAUGAAGAGGUCGGUGAUGAUAACAUUACUAAUGAAGAUGUAGAGGAAGAUGAAGAUGAUUUCUUCAGUGAUACUGAUGAUUAUUCCAACAACGAUGACACUACAUGUGAUGAGGUCUUGGAUGAUGCUGAGGAAGAGAAUGGUAGUGAAGAGGAGUUUUAUGAUGGUAUCGAUGAUUGCGACGUUGAUGAUAUUACUGAUGAAGACCUUGAUGCUUUUAGUAACAUAGAAUAUGAUGAAGAGCAUGAUGGGUGACUGUCGAUUGUUGAAAGUCAGAAAAGAAACAAUGAUGGUGUUUCCGGUAAGUGUUGAUAAUGGUGAUGUUCUGCUACUAAACUGAUGAUUUGGAGUUUUUAUUGUUUCUGGCAGAGACCCAUGGCAAAGGGUGCUGAAACUACUAUAUGGAUCCUGAUCCUCCACCAAACCUGAUGUUCAAAAUGUUUACUAUCCUGCAAAGGCAGGACCAUGCUGGUUGGGAGUGCAAUAAUGAGAAAGUAAGCAUUGUGCUAGACUCCUAGAGCUGCUACAACCUUAUUUUGACUUUAUUUUAAAGCCCAUAUUUCAUACACACAUAAAUGGGCACCCAAUCUGACAAACAUACAGUUUGGUCUUUGUGAAUAUGCAAGUAACAGAAAUUGGCCCAAAUUCCUCAGUUGGCUGUGUCUAUACAAGUAUAUAACCAACAAAUCAUAAAACACAAAGCAGACAGGGAGGAAAUUGAUGCCUCCAACUCAUCUCACACUUUCAUAGUUGGCAUUAUUCUUUUUAAUUCAAUUAUUUAGUCUCACAAGUGAGAAAGGGUUAAAA